AUUUGUAAAUAAGUAUUAAUAUAGACAACAUAAAAAAUAUUGUGCUGAAAAUUUUCUGUUGAAAAACAACUUUUUAUAAAAAACAUAAGAAAAAGUUCUCUGCUAAAAAUUUUCUGUUGAAAAGUAAUUUUUUUUUUUUGAAAAUAUAACAAUACGAUCACAAUGAGUUCAGAGUUAUCCUUAUCCGACAACUGCCAGGAACAAAGAAAUGCCACAACCCGGCAACACAAUGCUGCCAAAAUAGCAGUUGCAAGGACGACGAUCGCCCACCGUUUGCAAAAUCUAUGCCCGAGGAUCGUAAGCUUGCCUUAAUAAUAACCGAUGACGAUCCUGCCUCUGACGGCGUAAAAACUGAAACUGUAUUGGGACAUUUAUUCCAAGUAAUUGAGAACGGCGAAGCACCAAUGUUACGCUUUAGCGAAUGCGUGCCAAUGGCCUUAUUCUGUGGCAAAAUGGUAAUCGUCUGUGAAGAUGAGGUAACCUUCAAAUGGACGAUAUGUGCAAUUAACACGAUGUGCCAGCCGCAUACCGCAACGCCGUUCAUAAAGUUCUAUAACCUAAUAAGGGCGACCACUAUUGUGCCAGUGACUCCAUUUUGUAAACCAUCAUGUGAGAUUUUCCGCUUCUUAGAGGUUCAAAACGAGGGCAUAGUAACCGACAAGUGGGUACUCAUGCAACGUUGUGGACUGGACCCCUGCGCAUGCACAAACCCUAUGCCGCCGCAGAAUAUAUUCGACAACGAAGUGAUUGAAUUGUACAUGGAUCAAGAGAGCAAAUGCAUCAUCGAAUCGACGUGUUCAAAAUUAAAGUUCAUAUAUUGGACCAUUGAAUUUAAAUUUGAAUGUUCGUAAAACAUUCCAAAAUUCAUCCUUCGGUAAUUUUUU